UUUCUUAAAUCAUUAAAGAAAAUCGAAAAGGAAACAAAAAUAGUUGAAAAAUAGAGCAAUGAACAUAAAUGUCUGAAUAGAUAUAUAACACACAAGCUUCUACCUUAAUCAUCAUUAUUAUCAUCACUCUAGAAAACUUGAGACAUAGCUAUACGGAAAAGAGAUGGCUACCAUUUGGUUUCUCUCAUCAGUUAUCUUUCUCACAUGUCUUCUCCUCGCCGCCUUCAAACGCAAGAAGCAGCAACGAGGACCACCAUCUCCUCCUGGUUUUCCAAUCAUCGGAAACUUGCACCAGCUAGGAGACUUACCACAUCAAUCUCUAUGGAGACUAUCCAAAAAGUAUGGCCCUGUGAUGUUUUUGAAGCUUGGAAGAGUCCCAACGGUAGUAGUUUCUUCCUCUGAAACAGCUAAACAAGCUUUGAAAAUCCAUGACCUCAAUUGUUGUAGCCGUCCAAGCUUAGCAGGGCCAAGAGAGCUUUCUUACAAUUAUCUGGACAUUGCUUUCUCUCCCUAUGAUGAUUACUGGAAAGAACUAAGGAAGAUGUGCGUGAAAGAACUUUUCAGUCCUAAACGAGUUCGUAUGAUUCAACCUAUCAAGGACGAGGAAGUUAAGAAACUGAUCGAGUCAGUCACGGAAUCAGCUUCUAGUAUAAGUCCGGUUAGCUUGAGCGAGAAGUUUCUUGCUUUAAAUGUAAGUGUAAUAUGCAAGGCAGCCUUUGGUCUGAGUUUCCAGGAAACUGUUCUCAACAAUGACAGAUUCAAUAAGUUAGUCCGCGAGGCCUUUUUGUUCUUGGGGAGCUUCUCUGCCUCUGAUUUUUUUCCAAAUGGCGGCUGGAUCAUCGACCGGCUCACGGGGUUACAAGGAUGGAGAGAGAGGAGUGUUAGAGAUCUCGAUGCUUUCUAUGAACAAAUGUUUGAGUUGCAUAAACAUGGAAACAAAGACAGAGUUGAAGAUUUUGUGGACUUGCUUCUGAGGUUGGAGAAAGAAGAAGCUGUUCUUGGCAAUGACAAGCUCACAAGAAACCAUAUCAAAGCAAUCUUGAUGAACGUUCUUCUUGGAGCCAUUGAUACUUCAGCAAUAACAAUGACAUGGGCAAUGGCAGAACUUAUAAGAAACCCAAGAGUGAUGAAGAAAGUACAAUCCGAAAUCAGAAACCAGAUGGAGAAUAGAUUAGUGAUCACUUUGGAAGACAUAGAUCAGCUCCAUUACUUGAAAAUGGUGAUCAAAGAAACAUGGAGGUUACAUCCUCCAGUACCUCUUCUAGUUCCAAGAGAAGUAAUGUCUGAAUUUGAGAUCGAUGGCUACAAUAUUAAACCCAAGACACUGCUUUACGUGAAUGCAUAUGCCAUUGGGCGUGAUCCUGAUACAUGGAAAGACCCUGAAGUGUUUCUCCCAGAGAGGUUUUUGGAUAACGACAUUGAUGCAAAGGGACAUCACUUUGAGCUGUUACCAUUUGGAAGUGGCAGGAGAAUCUGUCCUGGAAUGUACAUGGGGACAGCAACGGUUGAGUUUGGUCUAGCGAAUAUGUUGUAUCAAUUUGACUGGAAGUUACCAGAAGGCAUGGUGGUGGAAGAUAUCGACAUGGAGGAAGCUCCUGGCCUCGCUGUGGGAAAGAAAAAGGAGCUUCUACUUGUUCCUGUUAAGUAUUGAGAAACAUUGUUCACUUGAAACUAUAUAAGUUCUUUAUGAGACUGAAAAUAAUACCUAGCAAUGAUUGUAUAAAAAAAUUCUCUAAGAUCCUUCAUAUAAAUAUAUCAGUGAUAAUAUUCUGAAAUAUAUCUCUUACUAGUAUUAUGGCCCCUGCUAUGCAGGGGCAGAAUUAUUGCCAAAAUUAUUGUAAAAAAU